AUGAUCACGCAAGCUGAUCCCUACACUUUGGAGUGGUUUGGAGCCACGACUUUCCGUCUUCGGGCAUGCGGCCUCACGCUAUUCCUAGACACUUGGCUUGAGCGACCGAGCAACAUCGACUCGUACCUCCGAAUCGACGAUGUCGAUCAUGCUGACUACAUUUUUAUCUCGCAUGCACAUUUUGAUCACCUCCCAGGUUGUGAUCGACUAGCGAAAAAGACUGGAGCAAUAGUGAUUGCCAACGGCGAAGCCAUUAACAUGUUGAGAGAAGCCGGAGUGGCCGAGGAACAACUCAUACCAGUUGCCGGUGGUGAAAGAAUUCCUCUUUUCGCCCGUGAUAUAUGGGAAGCAGCACGAAGGAACGAAGUUCCUACGGCACCAGGGCCUCCCGGCGCUCCAAUUCUUCCUGAUCCUUCCUUGGCAGCCAUGGAUGUUCAUGCUUGGCCGAGCCUUCAUUGUCUCCAUGCUGACCUCACCGACACAAUGGACACUGCUACAGUGUACACGGGUAGUUCUCAGUACGCCUGCACAAUAGAUAUUACUCGAGGUAUGAGGUAUGGACUUCUUCGAAUGGGCGACAUCCUCCCAGCGGAAGAGCGGAAUCACAUGAAACCAUUCAUUGAUUACAUUUCCGAUCGAAAACAGAAUGUCAUGAGUGCCUUCGACGGUGGCCAGAUGACGUUUUCUUUCCACAUGGGGCAAAGAACUCUGAUGUGGAACAGCCACCUAGGAGGCUAUCAGGGUAUCCUGGAAAAACUAGAGCCCAAGCCAGACAUUCUCAUCCAGUCCGUUGCGGGCAGAGCGAAUAUUGAUGGUCGACCCUAUGAUGGUAGCGCAGCAGAAGCCGUCCUUGACAUCUGCCGAUGGCUCAAGGAGCCUCCCCAGAUCAUCUGGUGUUUGCACGACGAAGCACCUAUUAAACCGUUUCGCGUAGAUGUUACGGCAGCGACCAAACUGGUGGAGAAUAACACGCGAUCGAAAGUUAAAAAGCUUGUUCACGGCCGUCAGUAUAGACUAUUCGAAAACGCGGAGGCCACGGACCUAGACGCUUAA